AUGGCUGAAGUCGCUCCCGCUCCCGCCGCUGCAUCAGCCAAAGCGCCCAAGAAGAAGGCAGCUUCGAGGACCAAGAAAACAGGCCCUAGCGUCGGCGAGCUCAUCGUCAAAGCGCUUUCCUCGUCCAUGGAGAGAAGCGGAGUGUCUCUUGCCUCCCUGAAGAAAGCGUUGGCUGCCGGCGGAUACGACGUGGUGAAGAACAACUCUCGCAUCAAGCUCGCCGUCAAGAGUCUCGUUACUAAAGGCACUCUGGUGCAGACCAAAGGGACCGGCGCGUCUGGUUCUUUAAAGCUGAACAAGAAGCAGACCGAAGUGAAGAAGCCCGCAAAGAAAGCGACAAAGGCGGCCGCCAAAAAGCCCGCCGCGGCUAAGAAGCCCAAGAAAGUAGCGGCCAAGAAACCCGCAGCCAAGAAGUCUCCCAAGGAGACAAAGAAGCCCGUCGCUGCCGUCAAGAAAGCCACCAAAAGCCCCAAGAAGGCCAAAAAGCCGGCGACCCCCAAGAAAGCAGCCAAGAGCCCCAAGAGGGCCAAAAAGCCGGCGACCCCCAAGAAGGUAAAGGCUGUAAAGCCCAAAGCAGCGAAGGCCAAAAAGGCUCCCAAGAAGAAGUAAACGUGUUUCUUAUGUUUUUUACUCCUCAAACGGCUCUUAUAAGAGCCACCCAUG